GGAGUAAUUUCUUUCUUUCUUACUCUCUUCCUCAUCAAUAGAGGGAUGCAUUCUGAAAAGUUGGCAAUUAUUGAAGUCAAGGUGAACUUCCUGUCUUGUCAGGCACUGGAAGAUAUCAGCGCUGGGUCUUUUUUAACUGAUCUCUGGGGUGCAGUGAAAAAUUCUCCAGAUUCUCACACUGUGCAUGUUGAGAAAAACAAGCAUGUGACUCCUGAAGGGGUUAUGAAAUAUGUCAAUCAUUCUUGUGACAGCAAUGCAAAAUUUAUCUUUGAAAAGCGCAAAGUGUCAUUUCCAACCCUAAGUGACAAUCAGGAAGUCUGUUGGCAUAUGGUGGCCACUCGUAACAUCAAGAAGGGCCAAGGAAUCACCUAUGACUACAAUCUAACAGAAUAUGAUAUGGCUGAACAUUUCCAGUGCAACUGUGGUUCAGAGAAAUGCCUAGGUGAAAUAAAAGGCUUUAAAUAUUUGACACCAGAGCAACAGAAGUCCAGGGCAAGGGAGUUAUCUCCAGUUGUUACUGAACUUUGGGAAGAAAAUGCUUGA